UAUUUUAAAUAUAGUUUACAAAAUGAAUGAUAGAAAAUAAAUAAUAUGAAUUCAUGAAGUAGAAAUUUAGAAAAGUUAUAAUCAAUUUUUUAAGUUAGUGUAUAUAUAUUUUUUUGAUCCACAUGACUUUUAAAAUCUAUCAACUUUUAUAAUUUACAAACUCUACACAAAUUUAUCUCCCAAUAACCCCCUAAAUCAUCAUCUAAACUAGAAUAUGCGUCUCUUACUUUGUUCAUAUUCCAUUAGUAAUUACUUAAAGAUUAACAUAAUUUGACAGGAAAUUCAAAAAAUGGCGUUCUUCUAUAUAUUCUCUCAAAAAUAAUUUAACAAUAUGAAUCUUUUUUUUUUGUCAGCCAAUAUUAAUCUUUUUUAUUCUUCUUGCGAGUGGAAAAGGGUAUUUGUUUAUAUCCAACAGCUUGUAAUCCACCGAAAUGUUUGCAACGAAUAAUCAAGAACCAAUAUUACAUUUAAAAAAAGAAGAAAAUAAUAACCAAUAUUAUAUUAGAACUUCACAAACUCAAGUAAACUCAGAAAAAUAAUUUAAACUAAAAAGUACAAUGACUUGGCCGUCGAUCCGUUUAUCUAUAUGAUUAAUAAAUAGAUUAUCUCAGUUACUUUAACUUAUAUUUCCGCCCAUACUUAAAAUAUUGAUAUCUCUUAAUAUUAUAAUUUCUAUGAAAUCUCUUUCUCUCUCUCACCAACAUGUAGAAAGGCAAGAAGAUAUUCAUCUCAUCAGGAAAAAGUCAGCGUCUCUCUCUUCAUCAUCAACCUUCCUUCUUCUUCUUCUUCUUCUUCAUCUUCUCAAUAUCUUCUGAAGACAAUCACAACUUAUUUCAAGAAAAUACUCACAAACACGAUGCUAGUAUCAUAGUCUCUUCUUCCCAUUCAUUAUGAUUAUAUUUUUUUAUUUUGAUCAGAUUCUUUCGUGUAGCUGUAUAUAAUAUACACCAAGGCACACUCAUAUAUCAUCAUACAUAUAUAGAUUAUGUGCAGCGUCUUUUAGCUUCUUGAGAUGGACAAUUUUCAAGGGGACUUGACUGACGUCGUGCGAGGUAUCGGAGGCCACAUGUUGUCGCCGGAAAUUUCUUCUUCUCCCAACAUCUUGCCUCUUCCACAACCAUCGCCGUCAGAUCUUCACAUGAAUCCCUUUGGAGAUCCAUUCGUGAGCAUGACCGAUCCUCUUCUCCAAGAACUCAACGCCGUCACAAACUCUAGCCAUUUCUCCACCGCCGGAUAUAACGCCAACAACAACAACGGUUUCUUAGUUCCUAAGGUAGUACUGGAAGAUGAUCAAAUAAAGAGUCAAUGCAGUAUUUUCCCAAGAAUCCGGAUCUCGCAUAGUAACAUCAUCCACGAGUCCUCUCCGUGUAAUUCUCCGGCCAUGUCGGCUCACGUUGUGGCCGCCGCAGCCGCCGCCUCGCCUAGAGGGAUCAUCAACGCCAAUACAAACAGUCCUAGAAACUGUCUAUUGGUCGAUGGUAACACGUUCUCGUCUCAGAUUCAGAUUUCUUCCCCUCGGAAUAUAGGCCUUAAGAGAAGGAAGAGUCAGGCAAAGAAGGUGGUGUGUAUACCGGCGCCGGCUGCCAUGAACAGCCGAUCAAGUGGAGAAGUGGUUCCGUCUGAUCUAUGGGCCUGGCGUAAGUACGGUCAGAAACCCAUCAAAGGCUCUCCUUUUCCAAGGGGUUACUAUAGAUGCAGCAGCUCAAAAGGUUGUUCAGCAAGAAAACAAGUCGAAAGAAGCCGAGCCGAUCCAAGCAUGUUGGUUAUUACAUAUACUUCCGAACAUAACCAUCCCUGGCCCAUUCAACGCAACGCUCUCGCCGGUUCCACACGCUCCUGCUCCUCUAACCCCAAUUCUUCCAAAUCUUCAACCGCAACCGCUUCACUCAAUGACCCUCAAAACAACACUCACUUGCCUUCCUCGGCGUCUCCUCCUCUAUCCUUUGCCGUUAAGAAUGAACAAAGAGAAGAAGACAUGGAGUUGGAAAACGUAGAAGACGAUGACGAUAAUAAGAUUGCUCCAUAUAGACCGGAGAUUCAUGAUCAGCAUCAGCCAGAUGAUUUCUUUGCAGAUCUUGAAGAGCUAGAACUAGAAGGAGAUUCUCUAAGCAUGUUGCUUUCUCAAGGAUGUGCCGGCGACCUGAACAAUGAAACGAUAGCGUCCGACGGGAUCAGUGAUUUCUUUGGUUGGACUGUGGGAAAUAAUAAUAAAGACGAUCAGUGAGUCAAAGUCGUUAUAGAUAGUGUUAGUUAAUUACUUGACAUCUCUUAUAUAUUAAAGUAGAAUCAUUGUAAUAAAUGCGUUCACUCUAAACUGGACACACAUGUAACGUGUAGAAGCAUUGUAAUAAAUGUGUUCACACUAAAAUGAACAUAUGUCACAUGUAGAGAGUUUGUCAACCAAACUCUACAUAAAUAUGUUCACACUAUGUACUUUACGUUUUUCUAAUAUAAAACUCACAU